AUGCAUUCAAAAGAGAUUUAUCGUUUCCCAUCAAUAAUUUUAUGUUUUGCAAUUAUAUUAAUAUUAAUUCAGAAUUGUUUAAGUCAACCAUUAUCGACUGGUAUCCAAAAAAUUGAUGAUAGUGGUGAUAAUUCAAUGUUAAAUAGAAUUUUAUUUAAUUCUGAAUUAAACAAUAUUGAUGAUGAAAGUGAUGAAUCUGCACCAAGUUUUUUCGUUUUACAUUCGACAUAUAAUCGUUUAUAUAACAAGAAAGAAAAUUCAGAGCCGGUACGUCGAGCAAACUUUUGGAAACGAGCGAAUUUCUGGCGUAAACGUGCCAAUUUUUGGCGACGUGAACUAGCUGCAUAA